AUGAGCUAUAAUCAAUCACAAGUUCCUGCAAGUGCUUUGGAUCGAAGAGGUGGAAACCGUGUUGAUGGAGUUGGAGCUAGUAAUCCGAAGCUAACUAUUGAUGAUGCGUUUUCUUAUUUGAAACAAGUUAGGGACAUGUUUCCAUAUCAAAGAGAGAAGUAUACUACGUUUCUUCAGAUUAUGAUAAAUUUUAAGAAUCGAAGAAUUGAUACUAUUGGUGUCAUAUCAAUAGUGAAAGAAUUGUUUAAAGGGCAUCCUAAUUUACUCCGUGGAUUAAAUCCUUUCUUGCCUGAGGGUUAUGAAAUUUCAAUCCUCAAUGAAGAUGAGAAGAAAGCAAACUACUAUGAACAAGCAUUAACUUUUGUGGGAAAAAUAAAGGAGCGUUUAGGAAAUGACGAUGAAUACAAAUCCUUCCUAGAUAUUAUGUGCAAGUAUGGGAAGGAGCGCAAUGACGUCAACAAGUUGUACCAUAAGAUUGCCACACUUCUCAAUGACUAUCCAGAUUUGCUAGAGGAGUUCACUAGAUUCUUUCGAGAUGAUUCAGUUACUAUCAAUUUAUUGUCUAAUUUGAACGAUGAUAGAACAUCCAUGAAGCGAUUGAGAGAUGAGUCAAAUGAUAAACAUCCAUUUGACUCUUUUCGUGGAAAAUGUUAUGAUCAAUCACAAGUUGGUGAAACUAGUUUGGCCGAAAGAGGAGGUGGCAGUCGCAGAACUGGCAAUAAUUGCGUUGGUGCUGGUGCUAGUAAGCCCGAAGUUGACAAAAAAUUUGCCUCUGAACAAGCAAUUAAUUUCGUGAAUAAAAUAAAGGAACGUUUAGGAAAUGAUUAUAAGUACAAAUCAUUCUUAGAUAUUAUUCUCUUGUAUGGGAAUCAUGAGGGCAAGGACAUUAAAGAGAUGUACAAUGAGGUUUCUAUUCUUCUUAAUGACCAUUCAGAUUUGCUAGAUGAGUUCACCAGAUUCUUGCCAUAUUCAACUACUGUCAAUCCGUUGGAUCAUGCUGUUAUUAAUAAUCAAAAAGAUACGUAUCGCAAAGAGUUCACUUUCUGUGAAAAGGUAAAAGAAAGACUACAAAGUCCAACUGAUUAUCAGGCAUUCUUAAAAUGUCUCCAUAUUUAUAGCACAGAAAGAAUUACAAGGAACAAGUUACAAAGUUUGAUUGCUGAUACACUUGGAAAACAUCCUGAUCUUAUAGAGGGAUUCAAUAAAUUUAUAGAGUGUCAUGAACAAGUUGUUGAAUUUCUUGCAAGUGAAACAACUAAGUGGAAUGAAGGGAAUACCAACUCCAAGUUAGUAAAGAAAGAAGUGAAAGACAUUGAGAAGAAGUGUAAAACUGAGGCUCCUUCAACUUAUCAAAUAAAAGAAGAAAAUGAGGCUCCUCCACAGAGAAUUAAGUUUGAAGAAGCUAUCAGCUUUGUGAAGAAACUGAAGGUUGCCAAACUUCUCAAUGGUCAUCCAGAUUUGCUUAAAGAAUUCACAAAAUUGUUGGCAGACUCUUCAGCCAUUGACAUUCUUAAACACUAUCUUUAUUAG